GAGCGCGGCGCGCGCUGAUGAUGUAAUGGCUUUGUGCGCUGGGAGGCUGGGGGGAAGCCGCGCGAGUGGUUUUCCGCGCUUUCUCGCUCUCGCUCGCUGCGUCGGGGCUGCUUCCGCCGCCGGGUCCCCGCUCGACCCCCUCUCUUCCCCUCGCGUAUAAAAUUUAAACCUGUUUUAUGAAACUGACUUUUCAUCAAGUAUACCUUUUUGAUGCCUGGUAUCUGAAACCUCCUAAUUAUGCCAGCAGCCACAGUAGAUCACAGCCAAAGAAUUUGUGAAGUGUGGGCUUGUAACCUAGAUGAAGAGAUGAAGAAAAUUCGUCAGGUUAUACGGAAGUUUAACUACGUUGCCAUGGACACAGAAUUUCCUGGGGUAGUUGCACGACCUAUUGGAGAAUUCAGAAGCAAUGCGGACUAUCAGUACCAGCUACUCCGCUGUAAUGUAGAUUUACUUAAAAUAAUCCAGUUAGGGUUGACGUUCAUGAAUGAGCAAGGUGAAUACCCUCCAGGAACUUCAACAUGGCAAUUUAAUUUUAAAUUUAAUUUAACAGAGGACAUGUAUGCCCAGGAUUCUAUAGAGCUAUUAACAACAUCUGGAAUCCAGUUCAAAAAACAUGAGGAGGAAGGAAUUGAGACUCAAUACUUCGCUGAACUUCUUAUGACUUCGGGUGUUGUGCUCUGUGAAGGAGUCAAGUGGCUUUCAUUUCAUAGUGGCUAUGACUUUGGAUAUUUGAUCAAGAUCUUGACAAAUUCCAAUUUACCAGAAGAAGAGCUAGACUUCUUUGAAAUACUGAGACUGUUUUUCCCUGUCAUUUAUGAUGUGAAGUACCUUAUGAAGAGUUGCAAAAAUCUCAAGGGUGGAUUACAAGAAGUUGCUGAGCAAUUAGAGUUGGAGAGGAUAGGUCCACAGCAUCAGGCAGGAUCUGAUUCUCUACUAACAGGCAUGGCCUUCUUCAAAAUGAGAGAGAUGUUCUUUGAAGAUCACAUUGAUGAUGCCAAAUACUGUGGUCACUUGUAUGGUCUUGGUUCUGGUUCAUCUUAUGUACAGAAUGGAACAGGAAAUGCAUAUGAAGAAGAAGCCAACAAACAAUCAUGACAUGAAAUGAGAAGGCACUUUUUCUAAGCUCCACAUGCUUGUACAUAGGUUUUAUCUCUGGUUGAAUUCCUUGGACAAUAAGGCGUUCUUUUCCUCUUUAUCAGCACACUUUUCUCUUGCCUUUGUAUGUACUAAAUCUGACUGUUCCUAUUCCAGUCCUUUGACCUUGAUGUGUAGGCAUUUCUUGGUUAAAUGUAGCCAUGUACCUUGCCCAUCUGUACAUAAGCACAUGUUGGAACAAUGUGGCAGAUAGAAGAGGAGAGCUAAAAUGAUAAUGACAUUUCUGGUAAACUUUAAUUGGCCUUAGUAUUGGUUUGUUAUUACCCCUACCCUUUCCCCUCAAACUGGGCAAGCACUGAUUGUAAUCAAUUUCAACCCAUUUGAUAUCAAUCCCUUCCAGUGUACAGGAGUUUUAGCUAUUCAUAAUUGUGGACCAUCACAUUUGCACUUUAGAAGAGUGACUCUGAGUCAGAUCCUCUGUUUUAUCUGAAGUUCUGGAUAUUCUUCCCUUACUUAAAAAAAGUGUUCAUCUGCCAGUAUAGCAACUUAGUGCUUGCUUCUUCCAAGUCUCAACUACAUUGAACAAAACCACUCAUUGCAUAAUCUAUCUUCAAAGUUACAGGUAUCUUAGCAGCUACUGUUAUAUAUAACUGGUGUUUCAUCUUCCAAAUGUUCCCUCCAGCUCUCUGAUGGAAGCAACUAAGUGGAAUCAUGGGGAAUCUCUCGAGUAUACUUUGCUGAACUGAGAGUUUCCUUCAUGGGGCCUAAAUUGUGCUGGGCAGUUUUCUAUGAGGUAUGAUUAGGAGAACUUUCUUGUGGAUUCUCCUGGGUUUAAACCAAGCUUUACAGCAGUCUUCCCCUCUACAUUGCAACCUUCAGAUUUAUUGGAUUACAACUUCUAAAAUACAUGGAAUAUCUGGAAAUGGACAGCCAAAUAUUUAAAGGGCACCAACUUGGGGUGGGGUGGGGGGCUGCUUUGCAGCCUUCUGGAAAGUAUCCGUGUCCUUUUUUGCUUUUGUGUCUGAAAGGAAUAAUUGAAAGAUGGAAAACUGCAGUUAAAAUAACAGAUGUGAAUUGUAGAUCCAUUUCCUUAUUCCUGUUCCAACAAGUUAUGGCCUAAAAAUACUUUUCUAUUUUAAAAUAUUAAUUUAUUGUCUACAUAAAUGGAUGAACACAAUAUAAGAAUGAGAUCCAAAGAUAAAUAGGAAGGUAUGUCCUUUUUUGGAACUGCAACACAAGACAUUUGUUGUAAAACAACAAAUUUAUUUGUACCUAAUAAAGUUACCUAAGGCUUG